UUAAAAUAAAAAUAAAAAAAACGACUCUCGCACAGGAGCCGGCUCUUAUCGUUCACUUAUAAGAGUCGGCUCUUUGAACCGGCUCGUUCGCUACAUACACAUCACUAGUUGCUAACAGGGACAGCUAACUCACAGCUAGCUGACAGCAGCAGCAGCAGAGAGGAGUAACAUGGAGUAACAUGGAGUAACAUGGAGUAACAGGGAGUAACAGGGAGUAACAGGGAGUUACUGCGUUGAGAAGAGAAAACGCCACAUCAUUUUCUUAUUUUAGAGUCCAUGCUAGCGACUCAAGCUGUCUUUCUACUAGCUGCUGUGUCCAAAACGAUGAGCUCUGUGGCAGCGACGACAACCUCUGAAGCUGCGGCGGGGCUGCACGCAGCAGCCAGCCGGGAUGGAGGCUUCGGGAGCCCGCUGCAGAGGCUCCAGAAGCUGCUGGCGGUGCCCGGAUCCGACCCGAGCCGAGUCAACGACCUGCUGCUGCUCCGGCCUGAUCCUGAUGCAGACGACCACACUGCUACAGAGCCAGAGGAGAAGGGCAGCAAUAGGCAUGUUGUGUUCUUCCACGGGGAUAUUCAGAACUUCCAGGAGGAGAUGGCCCUGCAGCCUGAAGGAGCCCAGUGGCUCUCAUGGAGUCUGGAGCAGGUCGCCCUCACCCUGGGCCGACGCUUCCCCGACCGACACGUUUGGGUGGUCAGAGCCUCCCGCAUGUAUCUCCACAAGUUCAGCUGCUACCACAACUUCGUAGAGAGCAACAUGUUCGGGGCGCCGGAGCACUCGCACUACUCACCUGACUAUGGAGCGUUUCACCACCUCAGGGCCCUGCUGAGCCACGGCAUGGAGAGAGCCAACCUACCAAACCCCCUUCAGCCACAAGGAGGCGGCGACAGCAUCCCCUCAGGGUUCUCGCUGACGCCGGUGGGCUUCAGCAAAGGCUGCGUGGUGCUGAACCAGAUGCUGUACGAGCUGGCCGGGGCCCGCGCCGACCCGCAGAUGUCGCACUUCGUCAAGAGCAUCUCCGACAUGUACUGGCUGGACGGCGGCCACCCGGGAGGCAGCGAGACCUGGGUGACCAACAAGCAGGUGCUGAAGGAGCUCGCUUCCAGCGGAGUGUCCAUUCACGCCCACGUCACCCCGUACGAGGUGUGCGACCCGAUGCGGGCCUGGGUGGGCCGCGAGCACGGACACUUCAUCAAGACCCUGGAGGAGUUCGGGGCCUGUCCGAGUAAGAAGCUGCACUUUGAAGACGAGCCCCCCACCAUCGAGAACCACUUCAGGGUCAUCCAGGAGUUUUGAGUUUGGUUUAGAUUGAGCUCUUGCAUACAGAUUGUCUUAUUCGCUGGUCUUACCUCAUUUUUUCUGUGAUUUAAGGGCUCAGGCUUUAGAGCAUGUGGCAGAUUGCUGGUGUGUUGUACUUUCUGCUGCUAAAUGCAAAAUGAUCAGGAGCCUCCCACGCUGCUCCCCGUGGCCCUGAGCAGGAAUAUGCACGUAUGAAAAUGGUCUUCCUUAUUUAUUCUUCAGGCUAAAUGUAACCGUUUACAUUUGAUUCUGGCUCGAGCUUUGAGUUGCUGCAGAGCUGUCGGGAGUAGAAACAUGAAUGAUUCAUGUUGUUUCAGACUUGUUUUAAUUUCUGCCCUGAUUUUCAUUUAACUUAAUGUAUGUUUUGGCUGAAGCACAACAGCUUAUUACGUUGUUUUUAUACCUACACUGGUGUUGAGCUGCUUUUAGACACGCGAAUGUCUGAAUUUCUGAACUUUACAGUGUCAGGUUCAGACUUGAGUCGGUCUCUCGGUGGUGAUUCUUGAUUGUAUUCAAAUGUUUGACCAAGUGUUUGGUCACAAAGUUCAUUCCUUCAGUUUGAUCCCAAUAGUAGAUUGUUUGUCCACAUAAUCAUUUGUCAGACCUUUUUCUAUUUAAAUGUCACAUAGUUGCACUCUUGGAAAAAAAAGAGCAGCACAAUCUCAACUCAAAGUCCAUUUAGUAACUGUUCUGGAGCUUUCAGUCGUAUCACAAGAUCUUUUUCAGCAAGUGGAGUUGAUUUGCUUUAAACUCCGUCUGCUGAUUAAGACCAUGUGGACAGUAUUCUUUGAAAUACUGGCUCAUUUCAUGAUAACAAACAUUUCAUGUUAUUACAUAUCACUUUUUUAAAAUGUUAACUGUGAUUGGAUAUUUUCCUCACAACAUGUUUUACAGUUUAGUUUUGACAAUAUACCAAAUUGUACCAAAUUACCUUAUAAAUAAUUGUUAUAACUAGACAAACCAAUAACGUUAUGAUAAUUUGUUUUGUUCAAAUGAAAUAAGUGUGGAAGAUAUAUUAAUAGAAGGUACAAUUUCUCGUCCGUUUUUUUUGUCAUGGUAGCGUGAUGUUUAUUGCAAUAUGUGAAAAUACGCAUACUUGCUAGUUUUGUGGGGAUGUGUCAGCCUGUGUAUUAAUCUCUGUAUGACGUAUUCCAGUCUGUAUGUUCUCGGUGUAAGCGUACAUAGCAUCUUUGCACUAUGCUGAAGGCUGCAGCUCAUUUUGCUGAAUGUAACUUCAGAUCAUUCCAUUCUGUUUACUACUUGUAUGCUAUGCUGAUUAAAACCCGACAAGGAGGACAAAAAA